UACCUGUAGUAACAGCACAAGUACAUUUAUUCACUCCGUAAGACCCAUAGCAAAACCGGAAGUGGAUGAUAUACAGCUUACCUGGAGUAACAAAAAUGUCCUACUAAAUCAUAUACAUUCAAGUGUAUAUAUAUAUACAUAUAUAUACAUACACACAUAUAUAUAUACAUAUAUAUACUCAUACAUACGUAUAUAUAUCUGUAUAUAUAUAUAUCGUGUACCCCACCCCCUUUUGUCCCAACCUCUGAACCCUCCGGCGAUCCAAAAUGACAGAGGUUGACAAAAAAGAAGCACUGGAAGCCUUCCAGGGUCAUUGGACGAUAAUACAGCAGCUUCUGGCGACAAAGAGACCCUCGUUCGAGUCAAGGAGUUGAUGAAGGCGUUGUUGAGGGGCGAAUCUACUUCAGUCAGCAACAAGGAUGUCGUUGACGGAGUUUUACACCUGCUCGUUGGUGGAGAGUUUGAAAUUGAAACAAAUUUUAUCAUCCAGGAUCCUCAUAAUGUUCUUCACAUGUUAGAUGUCCUGAAAGUCUGUUCAGCAACACUUCAGGCGGAGAUUUGGAGUGUAUUUACAGCCAUUUUGAAGAAAAGUCGACGAAAUUUGAAUGCCUGUACCGAAGUGAAACUCAUUGAACAUGUUUUAUGUAUGCUGGAAGAAGCAGACGACAUCGUUGCUGACCUCUUGGUUGAAAUGCUUGGUGUAUUGGCAAGUUACAGUAUCACAGUUAAAGAAUUGCGAAUGCUUUUCUCAUUAUUAAAAGCAAGAAAUAAUGAAUGGCCAAGAAACUCAGUCAAAUUGUUGUCUGUGCUCAGGCAAAUGCCACAGAGACACGGCCCAGAUGAAUUCUUCAGUUUCCCGGGUAAAAAAGGAUCGUAUAUCGCAUUGCCUCCAAUACGAUCAUGGCCUUAUCAAAAUGGUUGGGCUUUUUCAUGCUGGCUUCGGUUAGAUCCUGUGACUGGUGUCACUGUUGAAAAAGAGAAACCUUAUCUCUAUUGUUUCCGAACAAGUAAAGGUGUCGGCUACUCUGCACACUUCCUGGGAAGUUCCCUUGUAAUAACCUCAAUGAAACUUAAAGGCAAAGGUUUCCAGCAUUGUGUAAAAUAUGAAUUUGCACCCAGAAAGUGGUACAUGGUAACAGUGUGCCAUGUAUAUUAUCGAUGGAGUCGCUCUGAGUUGCGGUGCUAUGUGGAUGGAGAACUUGUAUCAUUCACAGAUAUGUCUUGGUUAGUUAGCACCAAUGAUCCAUUUGACAAAUGCUUUCUUGGAGCGAGUUCUGAUGGAGACCCAGAUACUAUGUUUUGCGGACAGAUGUCUGCAGUGUACCUUUUCAACGAAUACCUCACAGCUAAUCAAGUAGCAGCUAUUUACAGCUUAGGACCUGGAUAUAAGAGCCAGUUCCGCUUCGACAAUGAAAAUUCAACAAUCCUUACAGAAAACACACGACGAGUACUAUAUGAGGGCCGUUUGACCUCCUGCAUCGUGUUCAUGUACAACCCAGUUGCCUGUGAUAGCCAGCUCUGUUUAGAAUCAUCUCCAAAAGGCAAUACUUCACACUUUGUCCACUCUCCGCAUGCUCUCAUGCUACAAGAUGUGAAGGCAAUCAUCACCAGAUCUUUAUUGAGCACACUUCAUUCCCUUGGAGGAAUAGAAGUCCUUUUCCCUUUGUUUGGCCAGUUAGACUACCCUGUGAACAAAGCACCAAAUGAGAAAUCAACUAUAGACCACAGCAUCUGUGCUAACCUAAUGGGGCUGUUGUGUGACCUUCUUGAAAGCUCUUCGUCAAUCCAGGAAGAACUACUGCAGAGCAAAGGAUUCCUUGUCAUCAGCUACCUCCUAGAAAAGUCUUCAAGAGAACACAUAACUCCAGAAGUUUUAAACAGCUUUUUGAAGCUAACCCAGUACUUGGUAAAGUUGCCUGCUGGUGGAACCUUGUUGAAGCACCUCUUUGAUCACAUCCUCUUUAAUCCAGGUCUCUGGAUAUAUGCUUCUGUGGAGGUACAAACCAAACUCUACAGCUACCUUGCUACAGAAUUUAUCAAUGAUGCCCAGAUUUACAACAGCAUCCGGCGUGUGAGUGCUGUACUACAAACAAUGCACACAUUGAAGUAUUACUACUGGGUUGUGAAUCCCUACGACAGAAGUGGACUCACUCCAAGAGGCAUUGAUGGUCCAAGGCCAACAAGAGAUGAAAUCAUUAAACUAAGGUCUUUCAUGCUUCUCUAUGUCAAAGAACUAAUCCGCAAGGGUCAAGGAAUUUUGGAAGAUGAACUCCAGAGUAUCUUAAAUUAUCUGACCACAUUACAUGAGGACGACAAUUUGAUGGAUGUUUUAAUGCUUUUAGUCACUCUGAUGGCACAGCAUCCCUCAUCAAUGGUUCCAUCAUUUGACAAGAAAAAUGGAAUAAGAACUGUAUUCAAACUUUUGGCAUCACCAAAUGAGCCGCUUCGCAUUCAAGCAUUGAAGCUUUUGGGUUUCUUCCUGAUGCGCAGUACACACAAGCGCAAGUAUGAUGCAAUGAACCCACACAACCUGUUUUCUCUCAUCGGAGAAAGACUGAUGCUCAACAUACACUCCAUUACAAUAGCCACUUACAAUGUUUUGUUUGAGAUAUUAACAGAACGUCUUACCUUGGAAUACAGCCACGAUAAGCAUGUCGAACCAGAAUCUUAUUACAAACUUGAAAAUCCAGCAAUUCUCAAAGUUGUCGCAACAAUGAUUCGACAGUCAAAGCAUUCUGCUGAACUAAUGGAAGUGAAGAAAAUGUUCCUGUCAGAUUUGACCAUUAUGUGUAAUAACAACAAAGAAAACAGAAGAACACUUCUUCAAAUGUCCGUUUGGCAAGAAUGGCUUUUCAGUAUGGCAUACAUCUACCCAAGGAAUCUUGAUGAACAAAAAAUCACAGACAUGGUCAUGUCACUCUUCCGAAUGCUUCUGCACCAUGCUAUAAAAUUUGAAUAUGGAGGGUGGCGUGUCUGGGUGGACACCCUUGCAAUAUUACAUUCAAAGGUUGCUUAUGAAGACUUCAGAUUGCACAUGUCAAAAAUGUACCAACAGUACGAACGCCAGAGAGUUGAGAACAUAGUCGACCCACACGAACGAAAACAACAUCCAAUUAGCACCAUCUCUGGCAUUUCAGAUGCUGCAGAGAAUUAUCAGUCUGUGCCACAGUGUUCAGUGAAAAUAUCUGAAAUUUCUGCAAAACCCGACCAAGAGCCUAUGAAAUCUUUGGAAUCUGAACAGAAAACGAAAACCGGUAAAUUUCCUGAUAAACGAAGGGAAAGCGUUGAGAAAGGUGAAGCUGAGUUGGAUGUAUCGGAAAAAUGCGACAAAGAUAAAGAAACAAACAAUGCUGAAAUAACAGAAAAUCAGACAGAAUCUCCUAUGAAGGAAAUCAUCGAGGGUGUUGAUUCUGGGGAGAAAAAACACCAAGAAAAUGAACACACGAAAGAUGUAGAUGAACCAAAAUAUGAAGACUAUAAAAGUAAUCAGCUGGAGAAAGAGGUUGAUGAAUCGAAAAAAUACGAGGAAUUUAAAAGCAUCAAGGAAAUAAUUAAUACAGUGAAAAAUGAUGUUUAUCUGGAAUCGGACGAUAAUAAAAAUGAUGGCAGAGACCAGCAAUUGGCUGGAGAUUCUGGUAAAGAGAAAGCAGAAGAUGAUGGUAUUGAAACUGAAAAAGACAAAGAGGAAAGUGAUGGGCAAGAAUUAAAAGAUAAGAAAGAUGAUGCUGAUGCUGAUGGUGAUGAUAUUAAUGUAAAAGGAGAGAAAGGAAGUGAAAAGAAAAGUGAACUGGGUGAUGGUGUAAAGGAAGUAAGUGUUGAAGAGGAUGGGAAGGAAAAAGAAGCCCCUGAAAAGAGUACUGAUGAUGUGGAUGAUGAUGUUGAUGAUGGUGUUGUUGCUUCGAAGAAGGAAUCAUGUUGUGAAGGAGAAGGAGAUGAAAUAGUUAAAGAGCACAAAGAUGUGGUUGAGAGUAAAGAGGGACAAGAUGAAGGAGAUGAGAAAAUUAAAGAAGGAGAAGGAGAUGAGAAAAUUAAAGGAGAAGGAGAUGAGAAAAUUAAAGGAGAAGGAGAUGACAAAGAAGAGAAAGAAGUGGAAGAAGAAGGAGAGAUGAGAAGUGAAAGAGCAGAUGGAAAUACGAGUGUUGAUGAAGACAAUGAAAAAGACACGAAAAAUGAAGAAGAAGAAGGAAAAGAAGCAAAAGAAGAAAGUCAUAAAACAGCUAGUGAUGAAACUAAAGAAGAUGUUGAUGAUGAGGUUAAAAUGAAUGAAAAAGUGUCAUCGGAAGAUGAACGUAAGAACGAGCAAGAUGUCAGUGAUAAGGGUGAAACAGAUGCUAAUUGUAAUGAUGGGCGAGGUGACGAGCCUGUCAGCUCAAAGACUGAAUCUGAAAGCAAGAAUGAUACAGAAACUUCAUCUGAAUCGGAUGUUAAACAGCAUGAAGCAAGCAGUGGUGGGGUUGACAAGAGUAAUGACAAAGAUAAAGACACACAAGAAACUGAUGAAAGUAAAAAUUUAGGAGAUGAUCAGAAUGAAAUUGUUGAGGGUGGAGAUUUAUCUGCACAGGAUGAAGAGAAUGUAGAAAGCAUGGCUGUUAACGAGGGUGCUGGUUAUGAUGAAGGCAAAGAUUCGGUUCCGUAUGUAUGUGGAGAAGAUCAAGGUGUUUAUCCACCUGGACUUGGCUAUGAAACUCAAGCCGGACCGACAGGUUAUUUCACUCGAGAUGGCGAAAUGAUUUAUUUGAACCACACCGAAACUGGUGAAAUGAUUUACCAGACGGAAGAUGGACGCAUGGUAUAUCAGUACCCGACGGAAGAUGGCCGAAUUAUCUACCACACCGGUGAUGCGGACCCAAAAUAUGAGGCAGGGAAUUUAACAGUUGCUGAAGAAGAUGCCAGCAAACCUGUUUAUAAUAUUGAUGCUGAUAGUACAUCAGCCCCUGAAGAAAUAACCAACACCACGACACAACAUCCUGGCAGUGAAACCCAACCAAAUGAUAAAGAAAAUAAACAUUUGUAUCCUAUGGCCUUAUCAGAAUCUUCUUCUAGUACUUCAGAUGUAAAAUCUACUAAAUUACCAGCUACGACAUCGGCGUCAAUGUCUGCAACAGCUACAACAGCAACAUCUUAUCCCAUCGAUGAACUCCCUGAUAAUCAAGACUAUCCAACAGACAGUAGCUUACCCUCAGGAGCCAAACCUCGUACCACUUCAUCUGGGUCAUCCCGGAGAAGUAGCCAUGGGACAACUGGAAGUCGACACCUCUUCAGCCCUGGACCAAGAGCACCACCUUUCAGAAUUCCUGAAUUCCGAUGGUCCUACUUACAUCAGAAACUGCUCUCUGAUCUUUUAUUUUCUAUUGAGACUGACAUUCAAGUCUGGAAGAGUCAUAGCACACGAGCUGUCGUUGAUUUUGUCAACUCUGGAGAGAACCACAUAUACAUCGUAAACGUGACACACAUGAUCUCGCAACUUGCUGAUAACCUGAUAAUGUCAUGUGGAGGACUUUUGCCUCUCUUAGCCGCAGCCACUUCACCAAAUGGAGAACUGGAUAUUCUUGAACCAAACCAAGGCUUAAGUAUCGAGCAGGCUGUUUCCAUUCUACAAAGAAUUAUGAAUAUGACCGACAUCGUCGUUUUCACUAGCUCCACAAACUUCUCUGAACUGGAACAAGAGAAAAACAUGCCGCCCGGUGGAAUUUUGAGGCAGUGUUUACGUUUGGUAUGCACUGCUACAGUAAGAAAUUGCCUUGAAUGUAAACACCGCUAUACUCCAAAGACACCUGUGACAGAUCCAUCUCCAACACAGCCUUCUCAAUGGCAAAACACAAAGUCAACAAAUGGUAGCAUUGAUCCCAUACAAUCACUAAUAGGUGGAUCCCACCCUUCUCCAAAGAAUAUUGUUGAGAAUUUAGGGGGACAAACUACACCUAUAAAGGAUGCUGAAAAAUUACUUCAAGACAUGGACAUCACUCGCCUCAGAGCUGUUGUAUACAGAGAUAUGGAUGAGACCAAACAAGCACAAUUCUUGGCUCUUGCUAUUGUCUACUUUACCUCUGUAUUAAUGGUCUCAAAAUACCGAGACAUUUUAGAGCCACCAAGUCCUGCAUCGACCCCAACACUGGGCCCACAUCGAGGAGCAGUUCACUCUCCAACAUCCAAAGAUGUAUCAGAUGGAAAAACAUGGGAGAAAAGCCGUCCAGCUGUUCCAAUGCUCAUAAGCAUGUAUAAUACGUCUGAACGUACGUCUUUUGUGACGCACGAUACAAGUUCAAUUUCAACAUCAAGCGCAGUGUCUGUCGAGAAUUUCGGAUCAGUGACUUCUGGAGCUAGAGAAAUUGUGGGAACGAGUCCAGCAGAAUCAAAUAUGGAUGAGGAUAACAUUAAAAUGAUGAAAUAUGAAUGUGUUGAUCGACGUGCUACAGAAGAUGCCGGUAGUGUGCUUGCACAUAUGGUUAACUGCAACUGCGAAACACAAAUGCGAGGCGAGAAAAUGGUGCAUAAUCUCACAUCUUUUACAUGCUGUCAUGAAGGGGCAACAGGGAAUGAGUGCGACUGUUCUAUUGGUGCAAGACACGUCCCAGCUGGAGCUAAUUCAUCCCUUGUUAAUGAAGGUUCAUCACAACAGAAAGGAAAUGAGACUGACGAGGAAUUUAUUACCAUGAAAGAUGAUGAAGACGAAGAAGCAGCAUCUAAGACUGAAGGGAAAAUUUCUGUUACUGCCCAUGUAACAGCAAAUAGUGAAAGUAAACCUGUUGAGAAUUCAUCGAAGACAGCUGUAAAUAAAACUGAAGAAAUUAAGGCAGACAGCGAGAAUACAAAACUCGAUCCUUCAACUAAUGAUACCCCUGAAAGGGAAACAAAUGAGACUGCAAAAGAACCAGAUUUGAAAACAGAGAGCGCAGAUGGUAAACCUACAAGUGGUAGCCAAGACAAUAAUGAUAAGGCACCUGUAGCUGAAGAGAAAGAUGAGAGUGUGAAACCAAAAGCUGCACCUGAUGCUGGAAAUAUUGAAGAGCCACCUGCUGAAGAGACAGGUGACUCCACUAAAAGUACAGGCGUUAGUGGUGCUGCAGUAGAUUCGACAUCGGUUUCCUCAAGUUCAGAGCCAAAAGCAACGACCUCUUCUGCUGAAGACACUGCAGCUACAACGGUUACAACACCAGCUGUUGACAGCGGUACCGUUGUUAACGAAACGACGACAACAACAGCUGCGGAAACGGCUACUACGAGUACUAUCAUCACUGAUGUAAAAAUUGAGGUAUCUCCAACAACGGAAGAUGGACAACAUCAACCUGAUAACACCUCUAAAAUCGAAACGAGCAAAGAUCUACUGCAAGAAGGAGAGAGCAGAAAUGAUGAAGAAAAUCCGGAAAUACAAGAAUGCAUAUCUUCAAUAAGAAUUGAUGAGCAACCUAACAGUGUUUCAGUCUCGGCUGACACAGCAGUAAAACCACCUGAAAACCUACAACUUGCUGCAAACAUACCAGCAACGUUUGACAACCUACCAUUACCAAGCGAGGGAAGCUCACUUACUGAACGCUUGGAGAGAGCCCUCGGAUCGUCUGCUCCACUUCUCAGAGAGGUCUUUGUGGAUUUUGCACCGUUCCUAUCAAAGACUUUAAUCGGAUCCCAUGGCCAAGAAUUACUUGUUGGGGGCCUUGUUACACUGAAGCAAAGUUCAUCUGUCGUAGAAUUAGUGAUGUUGCUUUGUUCCCAGGAGUGGCAAAACUCUCUUCAGAAACAUGCUGGACUAGCGUUUAUCGAAUUGGUCAAUGAAGGAAGAUUACUUGCUCAUGCAACAAGAGACCACAUUGUGCGUGUUGCUAACGAAGCAGAAUUUAUUUUAACGCGUAUGCGGGCAGAAGAUGUGCAGAAACAUGCUGAAUUUGAGUCGCUUUGUGCCCAAACUGUAGUUGAACGCAAAGAGGAAGAGAAGCUAUGUGACCAUCUUAUAACCUCAGCAAAAAGACGGGACCAUUCCAUUGCUAAUGUACUGCGAGAGAAGAUUGUUAACAUAUUAACCAACAAACAUGGUGCCUGGGGUACUGUAAGUAAUAGCAGAAGUGAAUUUUGGAAACUGGAUCUCUGGGAAGACGAUUUCCGCAGGAGACGCAGAUUUGUUAAGAAUCCUUAUGGUUCUACGCACCCAGAAGCUACAUUAAAAGCUGCUAUUGAACAUGGUGCAACAGAAGAUGCAAUUAAUCAGGCGUGGGAGGCUUUCCAUGCACAUUUGGCAAAUGCCAAGAGGGGCCAGCAGCAACCUCCAGACUAUACUGAUGAAGAACUACUAAUGGAAGAGCGAGAUUUUGAACAAGAAUUCUCUGGUCCAGUGGCCUUGUCAACAUCAUGUAAGCUGAUCUCUUUGGGACUAGCUGUCGCUGGGACAAUGUCAAUUACAAAAACUGAUCUUUACUUUGAAAUGGAUGAAGAGGAUAAAGAGAAUAAGAAAAUAUCACCACAGGUAUUGGCCUAUGUCGACCACUUACACGGAAAAUGGCAUUUCUCAGAAAUAAGAGCAGUUUUCUCUCGGCGAUAUCUACUCCAAAAUGUUGCCAUCGAAAUAUUUACAGCCAAUCGAACUGCUGUCAUGUUUGCUUUCCCCGACCACAUUACCAUGAAGAAAGUGGUAAAUGCUCUACCCAGGGUUGGUAUUGGAAUACGCUAUGGUCUGAACCAGGCUAGACGAAUGUCUCUUGCAUCAGGAAAACAAUUAUUCAAGCUGUCAAGUAUGACACAGAAAUGGCAGAGAAGGGAGAUAUCAAACUUUGAUUACCUCAUCUACUUGAAUACAGUUGCAGGCCGUACUUACAAUGAUUUAAAUCAAUACCCAAUAUUUCCUUGGGUCAUUGUAAACUAUGAGUCAAAGGAACUAGAUCUCAGCCAACCAAGCAACUUCAGGGAUCUUUCCAAGCCUAUUGGAGCACUAAAUCCAGCAAGAAAGAAAUUCUUUGAUGAACGUUAUGCUACAUGGGAGCAUGAACAAAUCCCACCAUUCCAUUAUGGAACUCACUAUUCAACUGCCGCCUUUACUCUCAAUUGGCUUAUAAGAUUGGAACCAUUCACUACUUUAUUUUUGAAUAUGCAAGGUGGAAAAUUUGACCAUGCAAACAGGACAUUUUUUUCUAUCAGUCAAGCUUGGAAAAACUGCCAGAGAGAUACUUCUGAUGUGAAGGAACUUAUACCUGAAUUCUAUUACCUACCUGAAAUGUUUGUUAACCAAAACACAUACAACUUUGGAGAACAAGAUGACAAUAUCAAAGUGGAUGAUGUCUGUCUGCCACACUGGGCACGAACUCCUGAUGAUUUUGUCCGCAUCAAUAGAAUGGCCCUGGAGUCAGAGUUUGUGUCUUGUCAAUUGCAUCAUUGGAUUGACUUAAUAUUUGGUUACAAACAAAGAGGACCUGAAGCAGUUAGAGCUACCAAUGUUUUUUAUUAUUUAACAUAUGAAGGGAGUGUCAACCUUGAAUCUAUGACUGAUCCAGUUAUGAAAGAGGCCAUAGAAAACCAAAUCCGUAGUUUUGGUCAAACCCCAACCCAACUUCUAACUGAACCUCACCCACCAAGGAGUUCUUUAAUGCAUUUGUUUACCGAGAAAUAUCGUGAGCAGAGAAACAUUCUUAAGAAGACUCCCAUGAUGUUUAGCAGUGUACAAGACGAUCUUUGCAUGCUAAUGAAAUUCCUCUCCAACUCGCCAAUCACACAUGUGGCGGCCAACACUCAUCCAAUGGUUCCAACUCCAGCAGUAAUCACAAUUACCUGCAACCAUAACUUUGCUGUCAACAAGUGGAAUCCAAAUUACCAGCAGCAAGGAACACCUACAAGUUUCUCUUCUGACAAACAUGAAAAAGAUGCUGAACUACCAGUUCUCAUGGAUCAUCUGUUUGCUCAGAAUACUGGUUUACAUCGAAGGACGCUCGGGGAUAACUUUGAUCAACGGCUCAAAGUCACUCACUCAAGUUUUGUCACUACAGCGGAUAACAGGUUCAUUUUUGCUUGCGGAUUUUGGGAUAAAAGUUUCCGCAUCUUUGCCACUGAUUAUGCAAGAAUAGUUCAAGUCAUAUAUGGUCACUUUGACAUAGUCACUUGCAUCACUAAGUCAGAGAAUAAUACCAAUUAUGACUGUUACAUUGUUACCGGUUCCAAAGACUGCACUGUGAUGGUCUGGCAGUUCAAUGCUCGCAACCAAGCAAUAAUUGGAGAUAUUGGAAAUGCUGUCUUUGUUUCAGCUGCUGAGAAGCCAACCCCAAAAGCUACAUUGACUGGUCACCAAACUGAGGUUAUAUGCGUGGCUGUUCUUUCUGAGCUAGGAUUGGUCAUCAGUGGUUCCAGAAAUGGUCCUUGCCUUGUUCACACACUGACAGGAGAUUUACUCCAAUCUUUAGAUCCUCCCAAAAACUGCUUCUCCCCAGAGUUGAUCACAAUGUCAAGAGAAGCUUUUGUUCUUGUGAAAUUUGAUUCAGGAAAUAUCUGCAGCUUCACAGUGAAUGGCAGGCUUCUACAGUAUGAGAAACACAAAGACAAUAUUUUGACGAUGAUACUAAGUCGUGGGGGUGAAUACCUGAUCACCGGAGGAGAAUCCGGUGUUGCUGAUGUUUGGAGAACUCACGAUCUUACUUUGUUGUAUUCUUAUCCCAAGUGUGAUGGAAGUAUCCAUUCACUCUCACUUUCUCAUGAUGAAAGACUCUUGUUCCUUGUCUCGGGACUGGGUGCCUUCUCGUUUUCUUCAUUGACUUCAACAAAUGGCAUCAUGAAUACCAGGAACGCUACUGAACUUUUCCUCCAUAGAAACAUAACACAGAGCUUUGAAGAAGUCAAUGGCGCCUUACCAGUUUCUGUGUUAUCUGCAUGAAGUGGGGUGGGUGGGGGAGGGUGUUCAACGAACAUUAGUGUGUCUAGAGUUGG